CCGGGGUUUCAGUUCCAAAAGGGGGGAAAACCGUGGGCUUUGGUUGUGCUUGGCGAAGCUGCCUUCCCUUCCAUGGAGUCAAGAUCCGGGCGUCGUCCCCUCCGUUCAUCCGCGCAGAUUGGUGGUGCUGCUCCCGUGGAGCUGAGCCCCGGGCGUCGCCUGCGUUUUGCGCAGCCACAGCUCUGUAGUACAAGCGGCGGCGGCGGCGAACCGGAUCGCAUCAGCUCCCUCCCGCAGGAGCUCCUCCUCCUCAUAAUCGCCGUCAUGGGAUGCGCUGCCACGGCCGCGCGCACCAGCGUCCUCUCCCGCCGGUGGCGCGAUCUCUGGACGCAUCUCCGCCAGAUCGUCUUCCACAACCUCGCGCCGUCGAUUGCAGCGGCGGUCCGCCGUGUCCGUGGCCCCCCGGCCGCGGUCUCCCUCCUGGAAGUCCGCAUCCCCAACGCCAGCAGGCAUCCCUGGCCCGUCGGCGCCACGGCCAGCAGGCUGCUCCGCGAUGCCGUGCGACUGCAGCCGGAGGAGAUCGUCCUCAGCUUCCCGUGGAGCGUCGAAUCUGAAGGCGGGCCGAACCUCGUGCGGCUGCCGUGCUUCCGGCGGACCAAAUCCCUGAUGCUGGAAAGGCUUCUCUUCUACUGCCCCGACGGCGAGUUCACCGCACUCCGGACGCUGUCCAUCUCCUACGGCCUGGGCGGCCUCCACAGCUUGCUCCCCCGAUGCCCGCACCUCCGCGUGCUCAGCCUCAAGUUUGUCAACGAUGGCUACGGACUUGUCCAGAAUGGGUUCAUCUCACUCCACUUGCCAUCGCUGCAGCAACUUUUCCUUGAAACCCGCAUACUACACACAGAUGCAGUCGACAUCGUCGCCCCUCUGCUGAAGCGACUGACGGUGUCUGUAGGCGCUUACAAGGUGGUCAGCGGCAUCUCCAUCUCGGCGCCAAUGCUGGACAAGGUGUCGUGGGAGUGGCGGUACUUUGAGGCCGGGAGCAUUCUCCAGUUUGGGCCUUGGAGACUCCACAGGUUGUGGAUACACACAGGAGAGAGGCAGGGACAGGUUCCUUCGCUCCACAUUCAUGCAUCCCAUAGCUGGUUUAUUUCCGAUGAAGACAACUUUGCGCACAAGUUAGAGAAGCACAUGGUUGCUGCUGAUUUCUCCCUUUUGGAGCUACGUCUCCUAAAAGCCGGACAUGUUUUUGGAGCACUGGUGUUUCAUCUCCUCGGGAUUACUCGUAUUUCGAGAGGUCUACAGAGGCUUAAGAUCGUCCUAGAGAGAUCGAUGCUGAAAGGGAAAUGCCCGCCACACUGUCCAUGUGAACCCACAAACUGGAGAUCUCAAACUAUCUCCUUGACUGCUCUCGAGCAAGUGGAAAUCAAUGGCUUCCAAGGACAGGAACAUGAGUUUGAUUUACUGGAAUUAAUACUCAAAUGUGCGCCAGUGCUUAAAAAAAUGAUACUGCAUCUGUCACAGGAGGCCACAUCUAAUAAUAGUGCAAGCGCAAAAAUAUGUGACAUCUGGAGCAGGGCCUAUUCUUCAGUGGAAUGCUAUGUUUAUGAGAGGUCUGGCCGCUUCCCCCUGGCUACUUCCCAGACUGCGGAUAUUGCUGAGCUGCAACGGAAGCUUGAUGUAGCCGGGGAUGACAUUACGUUAAUCAAUAUGCGUCUUGACGAGUCGCAAGCUACAGAUGGGGCUGCCGCCGUUGAAAUUCUUCGGGCGGAGCUAGCCCGAGCCAAGGAGCAGGCCCGAUGUAGUAAUGUGGCUGCCGAGAAGGCAUCGGCUGAGUUAAAAGCCGAACGAGCUGCUCGGCGUCAAGACGAGGAGAAGAUAUCCACGAUGGCGCUCGAGCUAAAAAGUGCUGCUAGCCGGUGUGAACUCCUUGUGAAGGAGAAUGAUGCCAAGACGGCUGAAAUUGACAAGGCCCAACGAGAGGCGAGAGAAGCGCGGUCUGAAUCCAGAGCAGCCUGUGAGCAGAUCCGGCAAGCUGGGGAGAUUGCAGCUGUGCCGUGUAACGACGCUGUGAAGCGAUCGGUGUGUAUCGAAGGUGCACGGAUGGCUUUUGCUCGAGUCAAGAUGUUCUGGGGAAUAUGA